AUCACGUCGGCAUUCGUCGCCGUUACGCAUGCGCACUGCGACUCCGGCGCUGAUGCAAGACAUUUUCGGCGCAGCGGUGUGGGUCUGAUCGAGGAACACAAAGUAACCGGAUUUCUGCCACUUUCCAUACCGCAACCAUGUCCGGAGACGAGAUGAUUUUUGAUCCCAACAUGACCAAGAAGAAGAAGAAGAAGAAGAAGCCCUUCAUGCUGGAUGAGGAAGGAGGAGAGGGGGUGGGAGGAGAAGAGGCUAAAGAGGUGGAAGCGAAGGAGAUGGAACCAGAGGCGGGAGAUGACAGGGAGGUGGAGUUUGAUGAAGAUGAAGGCAGGAAGAAAGAGCCGUCUGAUGAUUUGAACGACCUGAACUUCUUCAACCAAAAGAAGAAGAAGAAGAAGCCCAAGAAAGUAUUUGAUAAUGAUAUCGAGGAGGGAUUAAAGGAGCUAAAAAUUGAAGGAGAACAGACAGAGGCACCGGAGGAGGACAACCUGGACUUGAUGCUUCCUACCAAAAAGAAAAAAACCAAGAAAGUAGAUUUCGACGAGGGGGAAAUGCUGGAGAAGGACGACGCACUGGAGGAUGACGAGGGGAAGAACAAUGACGGAGUCACGUUCAGCUCCUCCAUGGGACCAGCUUGGGCCGACUCGGAAAGAGACUACACUUAUGAUGAGCUUCUGAACCGGGUCUUCAACAUCAUGAGGGAGAAGAACCCGGACAUGGUGGCUGGAGAGAAGAGGAAGUUUGUGAUGAAGCCUCCCCAGGUCGUCCGAGUGGGAACCAAGAAAACCUCCUUUGUCAACUUCACAGACAUCUGCAAACUGUUGCAUCGUCAGCCUAAACAUCUCCUCGCUUUCCUGUUGGCUGAGUUGGGAACAAGUGGUUCCAUAGACGGAAAUAACCAGCUGGUGAUCAAAGGCCGAUUUCAACAGAAACAGAUAGAAAACGUGUUGAGAAGAUAUAUCAAGGAAUACGUGACGUGUCACACCUGCCGCUCCCCAGAGACCAUCCUGCAGAAAGACACUCGCCUCUAUUUCUUGCAGUGUGAGACCUGCCACUCCCGCUGCUCAGUCGCCAGCAUCAAGACCGGCUUCCAGGCUGUGACAGGCAAGAGGGCGCAGCUCCGCGCCAAAGCCAACUAAAGACCACCGAAACUGGGCUCCCUCCUCCUCUCUCGGCCUCCCCUUCCCCCCCUCAGGAGGGCCGAAGCUAGGACGGGACGCCACCUUGAUUUGCUAAAAGGACUCUCUGAAUCGGACUGCGGGAGGGUUUGGCUGUUGUUUGGUUGUGUCGUAGCCUGACCAGGCAGGGAUUUGAGAGAGUAUCUAAAGUUGACAAUUGGGGUUCAGGCACCGUAGGCAGAUGAUGAGCACCACAUAUACUGUUGGAUUUGAUUUGUUAUCUGGCUGAUGAACCCUCCAUCUCUUAGGGUUUUGUUUCUCCCCCAUUUGCCGUGAUUUUUCAUUCCUGCAAGAAAAUCCUGAUUUAAUGUGGCUUGAAUCCUUCCUUAUUCAUUUAUUUCUCACACUUUACAUACAACAGACGUUAAUAUGUCUUUGGAUAUGAAAUAACAUCUCUCCACUCUACAAGCUAAAUUGUAGUUGAGAUAAAUUGAUCUGCAACAAGUGCCCUAGUUGCUCUGUUUAUCGCAAACUUGUUGAGCAUGUUCACUUCUUUAUUCUUGAGCUCAACGUUGCUUAAACUGAAGGUUGUGUUCCUGCCACUCCAGAGUUUUAUCAAAGAUAAAAAAUCAGUCACCAGGCUGGAGGACAUACAGAAAGAUUUGUCACUGUUUACUGUGUCUGUGAGAGGCUCCUCAUACAAACCUUUUACUACUUCUACUUAAAAGAGAGGUUGUGUUUGAGUCAGAAACAGAAAUUCUAGAGUGUUUGAGUGCUUUUGAGGCACUGAUGAGCGGCUGUCUACUUCUCCAUUUAUUUGACUUCAAACAUUUCAAUAAUCCUUUCAUCGGUUUAAUUGGAAAGAUGGUAAAAUUUAUCAAAUCCAUUUUGCCAAGAGAAGGAGGUGACUUGAACCAUUGACAGUCUCCUAAAACACAGUUCCUCAUUUUCAAGUGUGAUUCAAGACACAAGCUAGAAGAAGAGUUCAGUUCAGUGGCACAAGAUACAUGAUAUUGGUUCUCUUGUUUGAGAAAGUGGAUAAGAAGGUCUGGCUGGAAUCAUUUUAAAACCUGGUUUUUACAAAAAUAAAAUGUUCUUCUCUCUCUCAUUACUGCUUGCUCUGUACUUAACGUCCAUGUUGUUACAGUUUCUUUUAUACAUAAAACAACUGGUGAAUCUUUGGAGCUAGUAGUACAACUUGUAAAUGUCAACCUCUGGCUUAAUAAUUGGAUUUGAAAAAAUGAAUCUGUGUACAUCCAAGCAUUAUGAGACAAUUUGCUCUUUGAAGUCAGUGAUUGAUUAUCCAGACCGCUGUUUACAGCAGCAGGAGGGUCCAAAUUUAUCAUGGGUGUCAACUUUCUUUCAAAUAAAAUAAUAAAUUUAAACAGUU